GAAAUCAAGAAAAAUGUGUUUUCAUAAAUUUACAGAUAAGUGUGCUAAAAUUGUGUAAUUCAGCUUGGCGCGCAUAUACCAAGCCUGACAAAAGGAAGUUUUCAAGUGUCAUAUUAUAAGACUAUUGAAAUUCCGUGCAUAUGGAUUUUUUAAUAACGACAUUAUUGCAGAUAGCGUUUGGAUUAUUUAAUUAAAUUUCAUAAUUUCACGAAGGGAUAAGACGGAAUUUAAAGCAUUACAAUUGUUGCAUUUGAGUUUCUAUGGGCUUAUUGUAACUGAAUCUCAACUAUGCAAACUUGAAUUUUAGAAGUGAAUAAAUGACAUAUCGAAACAUUGUAUAAUACUUCUCCGGUCAAUAAAAGGAUGAUUACAGAACGUGUCUAAAGUGCUAACUAGUUUCUACAAAUGGUUACCAUAGAGAUGUCGUUUCAUAGUUAAUCUUUCUCUGAUUCCGUCGCAUUAACCGCUUACAAAACCUUGAGAUGUCGCUAGAAUCGUGUCACUUCGGAUUUAAUGACAGUUAAGAAAUUAUUUAUAGCGAGGAACUGAAACUUUGCGAAAACGGUUUCAGGAAAAAUGUUUUUCUUUCCUACUUGAGUUUAUUAUAAAUAGUGUAUUGGUACACUUUAAUAUGAAAAUAAUUUUCGCCGUUUCAAAGAACAUUGGGUUCGUCAUGACAAAUUAGAAUUUGAUUUUCAAAUAAUUUUGACAAUUAUUUAUCCCAUCGGCAUAUCAAGGAUUACACAUAUCACCCGUUAUUUGCUAUAUGUAGUUAUAUCAUGUCAUUUCGAGUGUUAAAGUAUAUUUUAUUUGUCUUAAAUGGUUACUUAACUGACAGAAAAAGUUGUGAUCCUUGGUAACGAAAUGCAUGUUACGGAAUGCACGUGUAAUAAUGAGUAAGAGAAGCUACUAAAAGGUUAACGUCAAGUAUUUAUUUAAAAAGAAAUUGAAAGAAAUCGAACGGAGUAUAAACAAAUACAAUAUGUGACGAUGAUUUCGCUUUUCAUCGGGGAAACAAAAGUAUGUAACCACGGAUAAAUAUUAGUGUUCCAUUAGUCAAAAAUGAGUGGCAAUUGUAAGCGUUCUAUAUUUAUAGUGUGUUACAAAGGAUAAAUAAUAUAAUUAUAUUGGAGAAUAAAGUUCGAAAACAAUCACACACUACAGAACAAAUUCAGAGAGAAAUAUAUGCGUUAGUUACCAGCCGUUGUGGAACGUGUUAUGGCAUUGCUUAAAGUGACGGUCACUUAAUACGAGGGUUAUAUGCCACAGUCGUGUAAAAUUGGCAGAGAAAUACACAGUAUUGAUUUUUUUUCAAACAUAAAGAAAACAUGAAUGCAUGCAUAUGUAGGUAUGUAUGUUUAAUAAUGUGCACAUAGAAACAUGAAAUACCAGUACACCAAUAAUUGAAAUUUUGAUCAAGUUACGAACAGGCACCUUUUCUUAAUGAGAUUUACCACUGACCAGCCGUUUAAGAAGAAGAAUUAUGGCAAAGUCAAAAUCGAAGAUUCCCGUGCGCAGACCGUACUCUAAUGAAAGUAGAAUUAAGCAGUCACAUCAGCUAAACAAUCCAUCAGACUUAAGAAGGAUUUCAAGCGAUUUGUCAAAACCUAAAAUUAGAAACAAUGAAGAUGACGAGAACUCCGUUCAUUCAUUGGAUGUGGAUGGUACGAAUUUGAAAGUCAGACGCUUUACUGUGACGAUAAAAGAUAGUAAGGGAGAAUUCGUGAAACGGAGAAAAAGUUACAAGUUGACGUACGACAAGGAAAAGGAUGGCGGGGAUGAGUAUGCUAUUGAAAAGGAUAGUGUGAGUGAUACAUCAGUAAAAGAAGUAGAUCACACGCAAGAUGAUUUAAAGGAUUUAUCUAAUAAUGAUUCGGUGAAUGGUGUAUUUGAAGACACAUUAUCAGUGGAUACAGAACAACCUUUUCUCUCUAACGACCAGAAGGAAAAGGAAAAUAGUGACUCUGGUCCGACAGUUCCAGAAAAUGUGCCACUAUUUGAAACUGAAACCUCUCAGACUAUUUUUACGGAUGACACUUCACUGCCUACUUUGGACGAUGAAACAUCUGAAUCGAAUGUAGGUAAUAAUGAUAAUUACACUCGAGAUAAUAGCGCACAUUUACGUAACUUAAGUCCUAUUUCGGGGACAACAAUACGUCUUCUUACGCCAAAGGAUAGGAAUGAAACGAACAUACUUUUUCAGAACCGUUCUCUCAGAAAAAUUGCGACAGUCAGAAAAGCGGCGUCAUUUGUAUCUAAGGAAAAGAAAGCAAAAGAUACAAUUAAAAAGACCUAUGAAGCUGAGUAUAAAACAGAAGACAACCCGAUUUUAAAAGAAGGAACGAGUAAUAGUCUGCCGCCGUCAAAUUUUAAAACGAAUUUGUUUAACAGAGUCCGCAAGAUUUCUACACCACGGAGAAUACCCAAGUUCUCUCCGGUUUUAAACACAUUAGGAGAUCAGAAACAUCUAGAUGGUGCAAAUCUUUUAAAUGACAAGCAAACCUCUAAAACAGGAAAUGUUCCACAGAGGCCAGAAACUACUUUCGUGAAAGAUUCUUCCGCCAAACGUUUUGAACGUGUCACUUCGUCGGAGAGUGUUAGAAAUCAUUAUGAUAAAAAGCUUAAACGUGUAAAUGGUGCAGUCAAUUCAAACAUGGAUAAGAAUCCUACCGAACGAUAUGAAACAGUGAAUCUAGAUAAGACAGGUCUUGCUCUUAAACCGAAACGCCACCGAAGGAGUUUGGAGACAAGUAAAGGUGAAGGCAAAUCUGUGAACGACACAAAUAAUCCGACACAUGCAAAUCAGAAUUCAGGGCUUAUGACUAAAAGUGCCAUAUUUAAUAAACAGGUUUUAAAGAACCAAGCAAAGACUAGCCAACAUAAUCCUCAGGAAAAUGUCUUGCUCAAAACCAAUCAUUAUAUUGAAACUUCAAAAAAUGAUAUAUUUUCGGAACACGAUAAGAGAUCUCGGUUGAAACAGGCCCAGUAUAUCAAUGAUGAUUUAAGGAUAGUGAAGACAAAACUGCAAGACAGUGAGUUUGUUGCGCAGCAUAUUGAUACAAAGCUCAGGGAAACAAUUCAAAAGAAAAAUGUCCUUUCAAUUCUGAACAAAAAUUCCGUCAAGAAAGAAACUGAGAUGCCAUAUGUUCAGAAAUCACUGGCCGCCCAAAGCUUAAGUGAAACAUAUAGGAAAAUAGAACAUAAACAGCCGCAAAGUUAUCAAACAGAUUCUUAUGACGAAAUAUUAGGCAAUCGCCAGACCAAUAUAACAGAUAUGAGAAACGAGAAUAGGUUGAAAAAUGUCAUGUUAAAUGCGGAGACAAGCUCAAGAAAAGAUUUGGAACGUAAGCAAAAUAUAUGGCAAGUUCAACCAAAAAUUCAUAGAUUUAAUUCAAAUAAGGUUAGAAAUGACGGGAAGAAUACUGAAAGUAAUUAUGUUACAAAACAUCCUAACCAUACAAGCAGUGUAGCGGCUUGGGUCCUGCAUUCGGCAAGAGGUGCUAACAGAAAGGAGAGGCCGGUAAAAACUAUCCCAACAAGUAAAGUUUUGCUUCAAAGCAGGACAAAAGUAUUGAACAAUAAGUGGAAACUAAUACAAACAAAAGAAAUUCAAAGAAAACAAAAACAAAGAAAAGAAAGGCAAAGAAAAGACAGUCAGACAAAAGAAGUUGAGCAAAAUCUUAUAAAUGCUGGGAUGUAUUUGCCACUGGGAAGAAAAAAGUUAAAGCGAAGGCCUAAGAGACUCAGACCACGGUUAUACACGCAAGUCGGCAAGUCCAAAGGCUAUGAGAGCGAGAUCCCAGUCCUCCUGUAUGAUAGUGAUGAGGACGACCAAGGGUACCCGCAGCCACGCCCAUUUACCGACAAUGCCGAAAGACGCUUCCCCAACUUCCGCCGGUAUGAGGGCGAGCAUGAUAACAUAAGGAUAAAUUAUCGCAAUCCUGCUCACAAAAGGAGGGGGUGUUCCAACGGAGCGCUUGUAAGAUUUUUCAGGAAUGGAGAUGCUCAUCACAAAGGGCUGUCUCUAACAGUCAACAAAGACUUCAAAACCUUUGAAACAUUAUUGUUUUAUCUCAGUGAUCAUAUCCCCACACCUACCGGCAUUCAUCAUAUAUUCAAGUGGCCUGAGGGUGACGAAAUAAAGAGCGUAACUGAAUUUCAAAACAGAUGUGUUUACAUAGUAUCCAGUACUAAAGAAAUGAAGCGUAAGGUAAAUGGGGUCGAAAUGAAAUACGGACAGUCUCGUGAGGGAUUUUGGUCAAACAAAAAAAUGUCGGCGGGCCGAAUGCGUAAACAUGAAGCUCAACUUUACAAAAAGCCGAAGGAUCACGUGCAGUCACCUAUCAGGAACUUGCCAGUGGUCGUUACUAUAAUUAACAAUUUAUCACGUGACAAACGAGAAAAAAUAAUACUGAAUCCACAAACUAAACAAGCAUUUGAAGACUGGCUUGAAGAUAUUUCGAACCCAACCAUGCCUGUAAUGACUUUAUUCUCGGACAGUACACCAUACCCACAGAUAAAGAGCUUUUCGCAACUUUUCCGAGAACAUCAAGCGAACAGUAACUUUAUAGCAUGCGGUGACGAGUUAAAGCCCUUGGAGCUGAUGAAGAAACGGCAGGCAUCGAGCAGCAACUCCAGCACUGACUCUAUCGGUGAUUCAAAAUACAGGAAGAAAAAGUUACAGAAACAACAAGACAUGGGUCAGAUACACGAAAACGGUCGACCAGAAUCCCCCACGUCUACUGCAAUGUCGCGCUACGAUAUGGGACCACGAUAUAGCCAGCGCGGAAGGAUGAAGGACAGUCGACAGAGUAUUAAAGACACUGUCCUAGAAAAAGGGGUGGAGUUGGAAGUGGAUGGUGUCUUUAAAGAAUUUUUCCCGCCAUCUUGCACUGACCCUAAAGAUAAUGGCUCCAAACCAGGCAGUAUGCUCAACUGUGAAUGGGUAUACGGGUUUCGCGGACGUGAUACCCGUCACAACCUGAUGGUGUUGCCUCAGACUGAAGAGCUGGUUUACUAUGUGGCUUCUAUUGUUGUUCUGUAUGACAAGGAUAACGAUACACAACGACAUUACAUCCAACAUAAUGAAGAAAUAACAUGUAUGACGAUACAUCCAAGUCAGUGCUUGGUUGCAACAGGACAGAUGCACGGCAAGCAAUCGGAGCAUGCGUCACACAUACGGAUAUGGGACGGAGUUUCACUGAGCACACACUCUGUGAUUGGGCUCGGUGUGUUUCAUGGUGGGGUAGUGUCUAUAGGAUUUUCCCAGGAUAAAUCUGGUAUCUACAUGUGCGCGCUUGAUGGAAGCGAAAAACACAUGCUGAGCGUUUGGGACUGGGACUCAGGAAAUGUUGUGGCACGGACUAUGACCUCAACAGAUGCAGUUCACAGUGCCUGUUUUUACCCGGACGGUCAAAACACUAGCAUCUUGAUCACAUACGGAGCACGUCAUAUUUACUUCUGGAAAAUAUUCUAUGACGUGGCACGUACGGAACAACCAAAGAUCUUGAGAGACCGGAAAAGUGGAAUUUUCGAGGACCACAAUUACGCUGAUCAUUUAAUUGAAGACGUUCCCAUGUCCAUCAACUGUAUUGCCUUCCUGAGGUCCGGUGACGUGGUUACCGGGGAUUCUAGCGGUCAUCUAAUGGUCUGGGACAGGGGUCCAUCUGAUGACUUCACCUGCAAACACGCGAUUCAAGCACAUAAUGGAUCGGUAAUGUCGCUAUGCCUUAUUGAAGACGGCACAUUGUUGUCGGCGGCAGAGAAUGAGAUCAAAGCUUGGGAUACCUACUAUAACUUCCGGGCUGUGAAGAGAAGACCGAUCCCGCUGGCGGCAGGUGACAUAAUGACGCUAGUGCCCCAUGUGCCUGGAGGUUCAGAUGGAAGACUUUAUGUUGGAACGACGAAAAAUGCAAUAUUAGACGGCUCAUUACAGCAUAAAUUCAAAUAUGUCGUUCAGGGUCACACUGACGGUGUGUGGUGUGUGGCGCCCCACCAAAUAGAGCCCACUUUCUUUUCUGCCGGGUUUGAUCAAGUGGUCUACAAGUGGGGACUGACAAACCACAAAGUUAUAUGGAGGACGCAAGUAGAGCAUCCCUGUACAUCAUUAGCUACGGUGGUAAAAACAAAAACAUUUGAUCUGGUUGCUGUAGGAACAGCUACAGGAACUGUUCACAUACUCCAUGCUUUUAACGGUAUGAACAUAACUACCGUGAAAAUAGGGGAGGAGCCUAUUGGAUGUCUUGCCUUUUCUCAUGAUGAAGUGCUGCUUGCCAUGGGUUGUAACGACGGUUUUAUCAGCGUAUUUCAUAUGCCAGACAGAAAGACGUUUAAUAAGAUAAAAGUCUCUUCAACGUGUCACAAGACUGGUGUGCAGAAUCUAGAUUGGUCAAAGGACGGAAGGUGUAUCCAGAGUUCUUCAUUUGAUAAUGAGCUCAUGUUCUGGAACACGGAUACAAUGGAUCCAGUAGAGGUACCAGUGUCUAUGCGGAAUGUUGAAUGGUCUACAUUAAAAUGUCCUAUGUCGUACAGUCUCAUUGGACCGUGGUCAACCAUGAGGAGAGGAGAAGUUAUAAAAGUGGUCAGUCGCUCUCCAAACAAAAAUAUGUGCGUAACAGGUGAUUCUAAAGGGAGAGUCCGGCUUUACAAAUACCCAUGCACGAAGGAAAGAGCGGCGUUUAGAAACAUCCGGAUAUACAGUUCUGACGUCACUGCCGUAGCCUUCAGUGCAGAUAGCUGUGCCGUGUUCACCUGCGGUGGAAAUGACGCAGCGCUUGUGCAGUGGGAGCUUAUUGAUGAGUGAGCAUUAAAUGACCCAAAAGAGAGGCGAAAGGGAAUGAGACUUUAUUAAAUGAAAAAAAGCAAGGGGAAAAUCUGUAAAAAUGUUGGAGAAUUGAAAACGGAAACUAUAUAUACAUAUCAUACUUUCAACAUUAUAUUUUCUGAAUUUUUCGACAAGCUAUUCAAUUCCCUUAUUGCACUUAUCUUAGUUUAAAAAAGGGCUUUCAACUUUCAUGCAUAUUCAACGCUUAUUUAUUAAGAUUCAUAUUUACCAAUUAAAUCAUGACAGGGCCUUAUUUUCAGCAAAAGUAAAUAAAUGUUACAUUGAACAGUGGUUGUAGAAUGGAGACUUAGAGCUACCUAAAACUUAAAAAGUGUAAAAUUUAGCUUGUUUGUUUUCCAUGUUAUUAAUUUAUUAAUUUAAAUACACUGGAAUGAGUUAAAUACUGAUCAGUUCUAAGGAACGGGCAUUAUCGUUUGUUAUGCGUGAGAUGUAGGUUGGUGGGAAAAUGAUAUAUUUUUAUAUUUUACAUUCAUAUCAAGCUUGAACAACCGUUGCAAACUAUUAUAUCUUCGUUAUAUAUUGUUUUAGUAGCCAUUCACACAUAAGCACUUUAAGGUAAUGGACUCGUAAUGGUGUUCGACAAUUUCCGUGCGAUUUCGUAUUAUCGUCUGCUACUUCGGCAUUCUUCGGCCGUAAAUGUAGCUCAUGCAGGGAAUGGUUCCGUUGAAAACCGGAAAAUGCCGAAAUCAUAUACGGAGAAAACGUAAUGGGUUUCGACACUUUCCGUUCGAUUUCGUAAUAUCGUCUGCACUUCGGCAUUCUUCGGCCGUAAAUGUAGCUCAUGCGGGAAUGGUUUCGCUGAAAACCGGAAAAUGUCGUAAUCAUAUACGGAGAAAACGUAACUGAACGGAAAUUCCCGACUGUCAUUACAAGCCCACUACCUUAAUUUUGAGUCUGUUCUAUCAAGUAUUAAUUUCAAUGAUUAAAAGGCAGGUAAUACAACGCAGUGAUACAUUCACUUCUUUAUUUAUUGCCUGUAAUUUAUCGUAUGCUUCUGUAUAUAUAAGUAAACUAAAUUUGCUCGAAAUUUAGUACGUUAACUCUUAUUCACCGUUAAUGCUUUUAGAUUAUCAGAAUGUUCAGGUCGAAUGGUUUUACGAAAACUACAGCACAAAUGGCACCUUUUCUUACUUUAGUGACGUCAUCAUGACAUACGUGCGCAGUUUUCAUACUUUUGUUAACUUUUCUUACGUAUGAGGUCAUUGCUUAAAAUGAGCUAUUUGAAGUUUCGUUAGUUUUGUCACUAUCUGUUUUAUAUCAUUAAAUUUUUGAAUUACAGAUUUUGAUUUGCCGAUUUCUUCCACAUAUUUUCGCGAUCAGUGUAUAGACAAUGUGGUAUAAUCGGGUCAAUUCUUUCACACAAUCCGGGAUACGUCGGUCACAUGAGUUCUCGUCGGUUUUGGUAAUAAAUUAAUGCUCUGGAGCACACUGGUUGCGUGAGCUGCAAGUAAAAAUAUGUGUAUUGUUAUAGGUCAGAGUAACUGAGCAAACGUAGCCAUUAUUUGAUUAGAAAAUACAAGUUAGGGUUCUUAGAAAACACACAGUCAAUGCAAAAUGAUAAUAAACUGAAUGAAUAUCAUUGACAAGUAAAAGCUUGAGUUUGUCAUCUAAAAGCAAGACAAAGAUACUAUUUAAAACAAUAACUUCAUCAUGAGUAUACUGAACCGAGAAUAGAGAGGCUUCAUUGGUUAGCACAUAGUCAAACCAGAAAAAAAUCGUUUUUGUUAUUCUAUUUAAUCCAAUACAAAUAUGGCGGCAGGGAAUAUUUAAUUUAAAAAUUCCUCAGAGAAAAAAUCUGUUGCGUUAUGAUUAUCCCACAGCAUAUAAAGUCUAACCACAAAUAUCCCGAAUGAUCGUUUUCAGAGUUUUAUGUCAUAUUCAUUUAAGAUGUUGUUUGACCAACUUGUCGUUUUUCUGCUACUUUUUUUCAUAUACAGAAAAUAACACCAUCACACUAUCAAAAGGUUGGAGCGAUAAACUAAACACAAGACCAAAUAAUUAUGAUUUCCAGAGCAUUGUUGUAAGUACUUUAAUCAUAGUGCGAAAAAGAAAAUGCAAUUUUGAGAAAUUUCAAUGAAGAUACAUAGCACUUCAUCGUAUGUCCUUUUUCGGUAUGUCAGUUCAGUCGGUUUUUGCAAUAAAAACGAAAUAAAUAUCGGUUUCAUGACACUAAAUUUUGAGACAAAAAUGACCGAGAUUGCACAAACAGAGAGAUAAUGUCCCAUAUUAUCUAUAUAGACAGACGAACGUUCUCGUUUUUGACUGCCUUGACACAUCAGGUUAGUUUUAUACUCGGUCUCAGUGGGGUACUAGUACAAACAGGAAGAAAUGUAUGCAAGAGGAUUAACAGAUCAAUGCGCUGCUUUUCAAAUGUUUCAAAAUACGAGAUAUCAUAAUAGAUUAUAAUUCUACUGCCAUUGUGGAUAUUGCCUAAUUUGGCAACCCGCAACCUUUGUGGAAUGCGCGUAAUGUCAGUUAAUCAUAUCAAUAGAUCUACCAAUGUUUGGCCAAUCGCGUCAGUUAAUAUAUAUUUUGCUCAUUGCAUUCAUAUUAAUUCUUUUUACAAAAUGUCGCAUUGUGAGAGAACACAAAUAAGUAGAUAUACAUGUACGGUAAAAAUAUUAUAACCAUCAAAGGGGCACACCACUAAGAAUGUCGUUUUUAUGAUUUUAAAAACGAACUAAAAUAUUUGGUUAAGUGAGCUUUAUGUAUAUUUACAUAUAUUGUAAUAGCUUUUUAAAAAUAUGUAGACUAACUCUCUAAAGAAAAGCCACGCACUUGAAAUGUGACAUUAAAUAGAAGUAAUUUAUAUGAACUUGAUACCACUGUUAUUAAAUAUCAAUAGCUAUAAUUUGGUGUUCAGCUGGAAGCAUGCCAAGUUUAGAUAACUCUUGUUCGUAUGAAACACUUUCGAAAUAUCUAUUUUUCAGCAUUGAGUGCAAAUGACUUCAGAAACAUUAAUUUGCUAAUUUCAUUUUACAGUCACAUUUUGCAAUGUCUAUUUCUUUUAAAUUAAAGCUAGUCUCUAGAAUCAAAAUUGUUUUUUUUUCUCCAGACUUGUAGAACAUGUACAAUUUGCAGUAGGGUAAACCUAGCCUUGUUCAUCACUUUUUUGCAAUAAAAGCCUAUUUUCUUAAUACCAGUUUUAUCGUUGGACAGAUAUAGUACUAUAUUAUUAUUGUUAUGCACACAGAUUUCUAGCAUGUAUAUUGUAUAAUACUAAUUAGUAAAAUUCAAUGUAUGCUUUCUUAUGCAUAAUGUCCGACAAAAGUCUGGAGACAAGUAGAAAUAAGUUCAAUCUUGAUGAAAUACGUAAAAAUUAUGAUGUUUGUUACUUCUUUGUGAUUGAUUUAUAUUGUCAAAGAACCCCUAUUUUGUGUUGAAGCUAUUCAUGAAAAGACGGUCUAUAUUUUGAUGCAAAGCUGUUCAUUUCUUAUUUGUCUCAAAACAUCUGGAGGCCGCCGUAUACAUAGAUAUGCAAACAAACUUUUACAACACUUUUUAUAUUUAACCGAUUAUAAUGCCAUUUUUAUUCAAGUUUUCCCCAGUCUGGUACGACUAGUCAAGAUUACAGCUCUGGUUUAGAAAAAACGAACUGUAUGUGAGGCAUAAUAUAUGUUUCAAACCUCUUCUAUUUGAGUGAAUCUGUAGGCACUAAAUUUCUUCCGAACUUCAAAUUCAUAAGAAAAUAUGGGUUAUUUGUUAUGUGCAAAUGUACGAAUUUGUGAAUCGCAACAUAUAAAGGCCGUUUGGUUCGGACCAAGUAGGUGGAGCAGUCUCAGAAUACAGCCUUGCCAUUGGUCAAUUACAAAUAUGCACUAGAAAGUAUCCAGUCAGAUUGUAGGAUUUUGAGACAGGUCUCCAAGCAAUGUCAGUCAACGUUUUUGGCCCUGUUUGAGCUUUCAACUUUCAGCUUUGAUCUGUGGUUUAUUAUAUUUGCUGAUUUUAAUAUUCAUAGGCAUUAGAAAGAACUACUUUGUCACCGGAAAACGUACAGAGGCUAACUGUACUGAAACAAAAAAAAUCUUAUACCGUGAUUGAAGCUAUAUAUGUUUAACACUGACAUAAUACUAUGAAGCUAUCACGAAUGGCGGCCCUCCGUAGCAGUAGGUAGCGCUUUGCAAUUUGUGUUAGAUCUACUUUGUAAAUAAUACAUGAUAAAAAGUGGACACUUAUAAAGAACCGCGACGUUUUUUUUAACUAUCUUCAAAGAUGAAUCAAGAAGUUCAUUCCACAAGAUGUUUGCCCUCUUUUAGCGCGGGGUUUACACUUUUACCUGUAACUUGCCACGACAUGCCAUAUAUAUAUUAUACCCUGUUAUCUGCUUCAGACCUUUUAGAUUAAUUUAUUGAUAUUUUUAUCUUUGUCGUGUCACUCAUAAUUCAAUGUCUCCUACUUAAGGUAUCCGAUCCACAAAUAGGUAACAUUUCGAUGCCUGGUAACCGCAUGUUUUGUUUUUAAUCCCCCGCCGUGGCGGAGGGAUUAUAGGAAUGGUCUGCGUCCGUCCUUCCGUCCGUCCGUCCUUCCGUCCGUCUUUCCGUCCGUCCCUCCGUCCUUCCGUCCGUAACAAAAUCGUGUCCGGUCCAUAUCUCCUAAACCCCUUGAAGGAUUUUCAUGAAACUUGGGUCAAAUGAUCACCUCAUCAAGACGAUGUGCAGAACCCAUGAGUCAGCCAUGCCGGCUCAAGGUCAAGGUCACAACUCAAGGUCAAAGGUUUGAGCCUGCCAUUUUGUGUCCGCUCUAUAUCUCCUAAACCCCUUGAAGGAAUUUUAUAAAACUUGGGUCAAAUGAUCACCUCAUCAAGACGAUGUGCAGAACCCAUGAGUCAGCCAUGCCGGCUCAAGGUCAAGGUCACAACUCAAGGUCAAAGGUUUGAGCCUUCCAUUUUGUGUCCGCUCUAUAUCUCUUAAAUCCCUUGAAGGAAUUUUAUAAAACUUAGGUCAAA